AUCGAGCGCUCGGUACCCAGAGCCAUCGUUCAUGGUUCAUCGAGGGCUCGGCCUUCUUCCGACAGCCGUGCUCCGAUCCUCGCCAUCGCCACCUCCGGCGAAGCUGAUGUUCUGAACGGUGCGAGCGUUUUGAAGAGCCAGAUGGUUCCUCCUACUAAAGGAGAAAUGGAACAUCCAGAAGAUGAGUGUCGGAUGGUUGGUGAACAUCAUGAUAAACAGGAUGAUGAGGAAAGUGCUGCACGUCUUGAUGAAUGUAAGAAAUCAAUUGAUGUGAAACUUGCUCUCCGUCAUAGCAAUCUGAAUCCUGAAAGGCCAGACUCAGGUUUUCUCAGGAUGUUGGACUCCAGUAUUAAACGCAAUACAACGGUUAUUAAAAAGCUUAAACAGAUAAAUGAUGAGCAACGAGAAGGGUUGAUGGAUGAAUUAAGAAGUGUCAACUUAAGCAAAUUUGUCAGUGAAGCUGCGGCAGCUAUUUGUGAUGCCAAGCUUAGAACUUCAGAUAUACAAGCUGCUGUGCAGGUCUGCUCGUUGCUUCAUCAGAGAUACAAAGACUUCUCCCCUUGCUUUAUUCAGGGCCUCUUGAAAGUUUUCUUUCCUGGAAAAUGUGGUGAUGAUUUGGAUGCAGAUAAAAACAUGAGGGCAAUAAAGAAAAGGAGCACUCUGAAACUUCUUAUGGAACUUUAUUUUGUUGGAGUUGUGGUGGAUGUCGGCAUUUUUGUAAAUAUUAUAAAGGAUCUUACCAGCUUGGAACAUUUAAAGGAUCAGGAUGUAACUCAGACCAAUUUGUCCCUUCUCACCAGUUUUGCUCGACAAGGCAGGUACUUCAUAGGGCUCCAUCAGCCUGGACAAGAAGUUCAUGAUGAGUUCUUUAAGGACCUUAAUGUCACUGCAGAUCAAAAAAAAAUCUUCAAGAAAGCAUUUCACUCAUAUUAUGAUGCUGUAGCUGAACUACUUCAAUCUGAGCACCAUUCUCUUCAAAUGAUGGAACUCGAGAAUGCAAAGAUCUUAAGCGCUAAAGGGGAGCUCAGUGAUGAGAAUGCAGCUUCUUAUGAGAAACUUCGGAAGUCUCAUGAUCACCUAUUUCGUGGUGUCUCCUCUUUGGCUGAGGCCCUUGAUAUGCAACCUCCAGUAAUGCCAGAUGAUGGACACACGACUAGGGUAACCACCGGUGUUGAAGUAUCAUCUUCAGCUUCUGGCAAGGAGUCUUCUUUGCUUGAACCUGUAUGGGAUGAUGAAGAUACAAGGGCAUUUUAUGAAUCCUUGCCUGAUCUGAGAGCUUUUGUUCCUGCUGUAUUAUUGGGAGAAGCUGAGCCCAAGUUAAAUGAGCAACAUCCGAAGACACCAGAACAACAAAGUGAAUCUGCCCCGGAGCCCGACAUGGAAGCCCAAGAUAUUGCUGAGGCCUGUGCAGACUCGGAACCUUUACCAGAGGGAAAAGCAGAGGAAAAAGGUAAAGAUAAAGAGGACAAAGAUAAGGAAAAGAUGAAAGAAUCUGCAAAAGAAAAAUCGAAAGAGAAAGACACUGAAAGGAAAGGAGAAGGUGAAAAGGAUAAAGUUAAAGGCCUUGAUGGUACAAGCUUAGAUGGUCUGUUUCAGAGGCUUCCAAGUUGUGUGAGCCGUGACCUUAUUGAUCAGUUGACGGUCGAAUUUUGCUACUUGAAUUCGAAGGCAAAUCGAAAGAAACUUGUUAGGAGUUUGUUCAAUGUCCCGAGGACUUCCUUAGAAUUACUACCAUACUAUUCUCGAAUGGUAGCAACAUUGUCGACAUGUAUGAAAGAUGUUCCAACUAUGCUUUUGUCAAUGUUGGAAGACGAGUUCAACUUUUUGAUAAAUAAAAAGGAUCAGACAAACAUAGAGACCAAGAUAAAGAACAUCAGAUUUAUUGGAGAGCUGUGCAAAUUUAAAAUUGCACCUGCAGGACUUGUUUUUAGUUGCUUGAAGGCUUGUUUAGAUGACUUCACUCAUCAUAACAUAGAUGUUGCUUGCAAUCUUCUUGAGACAUGUGGCCGUUUUCUGUAUCGAACUCCAGAAACUACAAUACGCAUGGCUAACAUGUUGGACAUACUGAUGCGUUUAAAGAAUGUCAAAAAUUUGGAUCCACGUCAUAGUACACUUGCAGAAAAUGCUUAUUACUUGUGCAGACCACCUGAACGAUCUGCUAGAGUUUCUAAAGUACGCCCUCCAUUAUAUCAGUAUAUCAGGAAAUUGCUUUUUUCAGACCUCAAUAAGUCCACUGUUGAACACGUUGUUAGACAGUUGCGCAAGUUACCUUGGGCAGAAUGCGAAUCAUAUAUCUUGAAGUGCUUUCUGAAGGUCCACAGGGGGAAGUACAGUCAAGUUAAUCUGAUUGCUUUACUCACUGCAGGCCUCAGUCAUUACCAUGGUGAAUUUGCAGUAGCAGUAGUGGAUGAGGUUUUGGAGGAGAUUAGGCUAGGGUUGGAAUUGAAUGAUUAUGGGAUGCAGCAGCGGCGCCUUGCUCACAUGCGAUUCUUAGGAGACCUAUACAACUAUGAGCAUAUUGAUUCAUCUGUAAUUUUUGAAACAUUAUACCUGAUUAUCAUUUUCGGACAUGGAACACCAGAACAAGAUGCACUGGAUCCACCAGAAGAUUGCUUCCGUAUCAGGAUGAUAAUAACACUUCUUCAGACAUGUGGUCAUUAUUUUGAUCGAGGUUCUUCAAAGAGGAAGCUUGAUAGAUUUUUGAUGUAUUUUCAGAGAUACGUGCUUAGCAAAGGUCCGAUACCACUAGAUAUUGAGUUUGACAUUCAGGAUAUGUUUGCCGAGUUACGACCAAACAUGACUCGUUACUCAUCCAUUGAGGAAGUUAAUGCUGCAUUGAUCGAACUUGAAGAACAUGAGCGCAUGGCCUCAAUAGAAAAGGCCAGCAGUGAGAAGCACUCGGAUAGUGAAUCUCAGAAAACUCUGUCCCAAACAGCCACUACCAUCACAGCCAAUGGCAGCAUCUUAGCAAACGGAAAGAAGGAAAAUGGCAGGAAGCAUGAAGAACCACCAGACAGUGAAAGCUAUUCAGAUGGUGGCAGUAUUGAUCCGGAAGGACAUGAAGAUGAGGAAGAGCUGUUGUAUGAGGACAGAUCAGAUGACAGAUCUGAAGGGGAUGGUGAUGAUGAGGAUGAUGGGGGGCCCAUGGGUUCUGAUGAGGAAGACAGUAUUCAGGUCAGGCAGAAGCUGGUGGAAGUUGAUCCUGAGGAGGAAGAGGACUUUGACCGAGAGCUGAGAGCCCUCAUGCAGGAGAGUUUGGAGUCCCGCAAGUUAGAGCUACGGGCAAGGCCCACUCUGAACAUGAAGAUACCAAUGAAUGUAUUUGAGGGGUCUAAAGAUACACGGACCAUUGAGGGGGAGAGCGUGGAGGAGACAAUGGAUGAGGAGGGUGGCAGCGGUGCAGGGCACAAGGUGAGGGUGAAGGUGCUUCUUAAGAGGGGGAGCAAGCAGCAGACGAAGCAGAUGGAUAUUCCUCAGGACUGCUCACUCGUGCAGAGCACAAAGCAGAAAGAGGCUGCGGAGCUGGAGGAGAAGCAGAGCAUUAAGCGGAGGAUCCUGGAGUACAAUGAGAGGGAAGAGGAGGAAUCAAAUGGGAUCUCAUCCCAGACUGGAACUUGGAUGCAAACCGGGAGCAGUGUUGGUAGCAGUAGGCUGGUGGGUCGUGGCAAUUGGGAUGGUGCAGGAAGGACAGGAGGAGCACGGCAGCGGCUCCAUUCAUCUGGUGGGUUUUAUCAUGGGCAUGGUAGGAGAAGAUGAAUGGUUGGCAGUGAUUGGUGCCAUGAGUACUCUUCGAUUUUUCUUACAAAUGAAUGGCAUGGCAGGUUUAUCAGAAAGGACAGGUCGCUAGAACUGCGACCUUAGCCUGUGUUUUUCAAAUUUGAUAAGGGUGGCAGUCACAAAUCCAAAAUCAAAUCCCUCAAAACUUGGUCUUAUGCUCAUCCAUGGGAAAAUGUCUUUUUAAAGUGCAGCCCUACCAAUGGAAGCUGCUGAGGAGCAAAGUCUUGACGAAUCUGCUGAUGCUGUUUACGUAGUUGUCUUGGUUAGGGUUGUUUGAAUAUGGGAGUUCUUGAAGUUAAAGAGUAGAUAUUAUUCAUGCUUGUACUGGAAAUUUGGAUCUCUUAUGUGAGAUAACAGCUAUUUUGUUGUAUAAGGAGGUCGCUGACAUGAAAGCUAGCAGUUAGCCUACAACUAGUGGAGUUCUGAAGUGUAGAUAGAACGGACUUGUACGUGGAUAUGGAUGCAGCUUGUUUAUUGUGUCUUGAAGUUUUACCAAGGUGCUGAAGCCCUGUCUCCAGACUCAUGCUUUAAGGCUAGGGCCUUGGAUGAUAUUAUUUUUUAUAUAGUUCUCAAGGUUAGGCCGCCUGGGCAGUUCCAAACCGAGUUAACCGGAUUUUAAAAAUUGUACAAAAAAAAGGUGACUCAACCA